AUGAGUGAUGCCCACGUGGGCCCUGGAAUUCCAUUUGGCAUAAAAUAUGAUGAGAAGCGGCUGCUGGAUUUGAUCCAGAGCCAAUGCGGUGUCCCCUUCAACCUGAUUGAGUUUCACUAUGAGAACAUGCAGGCCCAGUUCUUUGUGGAGAAUGCCAGCAUUGCCUUCGAGUUGAAGAAAGUCAGUGGCAAGAUUCGGGAUGAAGAAAACGAAACUAUAUCCAUCUUUGUCAGCCCCUGUGCCGUACCCCCCUCUGUGCAGAAGGAGCUGAAGUCAGAAACGGUGAAACUGCCAAAGGUGACCAAGAACAACGGAUAUGAAGUCCCCCAGCAAGCUCUUGACCUUCGGAAAGUCCGCUCAGACCCAAGUAUGACUGACUGCAGUAAUUUUAGGUCAGGUGCAGGCAGAGGGAGGGUUAGAGGGCAACUUAGGGAGGUUUUGCUUUUGUCCUUCAACUCGAACAACAACACACCCUACCAGGUGGUUGGCCUGCCUGACACCAUACAGAAGGCCCCCAACCUCAAGAGCCUGAACCUCUCCAAAAAUGAGGUGAAGUCUGAAGAGGAGUUGGACAAGGCGAAAGGGCUGGAGCCAGGAGAGGUGUUUGCAGACAGGAACACUCUGUGCACCACGUUCCGAGAUAAGUCCACCAACAUAAGCUCAAUUCUGGAAUUGUUCCCCAAGUUAUUACGUCUGGAUAACCACGAGGUACACCCACCCAUUGUCUUUGGCACUGAAGCCUCCAAGAAGUUACCAGUCUGCAAGGAGAGCAUCUUCGGAUCUGAGACUCUGAAGAAUCUAAUCUUACUAUUCCUGCACCAGUAUUACUGCAUCUAUGACUAUGGGGACCGGCGGGGUCUCCUGGAUGCUUACCACAAUGAGGCCUGCUUCUUGCUGGCCAUUCCCUUCGACUCUGAGGACCUAUUUCCAAACAGCUUAGACAAACAUUCCAAGGGGAGCAGGAAUAUGAGGAAGCUCAAGGACCCCAUCCUGCGGGUUCAGUUGCUGAAACACACAAAACGUGACGUUAUUGACUUUCUCAGUGUGUUGCCCAGAACCCACCAUGACGUCAGCUCCUUGGUGGUGGACAUGUGUGUCCACACGGAAAAGAUGCUCUGCUUUUCUGUCAGCGGGGUGUUCAAGGAGGUGGAAGGAAUGUCUCCGGCUCACGUCCGUGCCUUCACCCGGAUUUUCAUCGCUACUCCUUCCAGCAACUUCAGCUUAUGUAUCGUGAAUGACCAACUGUGUGUGAGGGACAGCAGCCUCAUAGAGACCCAGGGUGCCUUCUCCACGGCAGUGCCCACACCCUCCAGCUCCCUACCCACCCUCUCCCAGGAGCAGCAGGAAAUGGUGCCAGCAUUCACUGCCCAGUCUGGGAUGAACCUUGAGUGGCCUCAGAAGUGAGUGCUGGGAGUGGGUGGGGAUGGGGUGAGCUGGUAGGAGCUGGGGAGUGAAUGAUGGGAACUCACAGGUAAUGCUUUUUGCUUCUUUACUUCAUUCACUGUCACAAGGAACAUCUUUUCCUCUCAGUACAUACUACACCACCUAGUUGUUUGAACAGGUGCAUAGCACUUUCUGAAUUCCGUGGACCCUGUUCCUUUACUGACAGGCACUGGGGUUUCCAGGAGUUCUCUCCCUUACACCCCAUGCCACAGUGCUCAUUCUGCUGCUUAUGCUGCAGAAACCAUGUUUCUGAUGCAUAGAUUAGGACGCGGGUUUGUGUGGUCAGUGUCACCCAGCCCUUCUCCACUCCAUGACCCUCCAUAGCAAGAACUGGGACUACACCAGAGCCUCACAAAUUUUCACUCUGUCCACUGUGAGGUCUGGGAACUCAGGACAGUGAACAGAGGCCAGGUGGCCUGGGGAUGACACUCAGGGCUCCUGCCUCUGAUGAUGU